AUGGUGUCUUCCAACCCAUUGGGAGAAAAGUACGCCAGAUUUAGGGCGUUGAACCCUAGGUCAGUCCGGCCCAUCAGUCCUGUGAGGCUGCUGAGUCCCGUCAAGGGAACUCGAUCCUUAUCCAGAAAGUACGAUGAGUACUUAAGAAACCGGCCUUCGGCACCAAGACUUGCUGAACCGGAGCAAGGUUACACAGCUCGAAAAUUGGAGUCUCCAAUUAAGCUACUAAGAGAGCCCACGACAUAUGCUCGGAGAUUGUCUCGACUAAACCGAGAUCUAUCACCUCCAAAGCGUUCCUGGGAGAAACCAGAAGCUCUAGGGAUAACAAAAAACAGAAGCUGGGCCGACAAAAAGGAGAAAGCCACGAGGAAGAGCCGAUCAGAUCAGGGUGGCGUGUUUCUGAGGCUACGAUCCUUCUUGUCGAAGAUGAGCUCUACCGACGAUCAAGAGUACAGGCAACUCAGCGAGUCGGCCGGCUUGAUAAAGCACGAACUACCCGUUGAAACGCCGAAGCGCCAUGUACAGAUCGAUCAAAGCUUAUUUCAGCGCAGAUAUCCGACGUGGGAUAAAGGAAAUGAGGUUGAUGAGGUAGACGAGGAGGUCAAGAGAGCCAAGGCGCGUGAAGAGGUCAAGACGUUGAAGGACAGAAUUGUUGAGCUUGAGCUGCUACUCUCUCAGGAGCAGAGUAAAGCCGCUGACACCAAGGAUGAGCUUCAGAGGAAGUUGUAUCUUGCAACCCAGGAUCACGAGGCCACCAUACAUUCUUUGAAGCAAGAGCUUAAGGAGCUUGAAUUUCGUGCUAGCCGGAGAUACAAGGAGUUGGAGAGGCUGAAGCUAAAUGAGCUCAGGGAUGAGGUGUUGCGAGAGAACGAAUCAUUUUUAAUGCAGCAGAAUGCUAGGGACCAAAGCUUGAAAAGACGCGAGGAAAGUUUGGAGGCUAGGUCACAGGAGCUUGAAAAAAGAAGAAUUGAUCUUGAAAAACGAGAGAUUGAUAUAAAGCUGAAGGAGGAAUAUCUCAAGGCCGCUGAGGCAAAAUUGACGGCUAGACAGCUUGAGCAGGCAGCCACUGAGACAAAAAAUCCUCUCGAAGAAAUAAAGGCGAAGCUCCGAGAAAACGAGAGUGAUAUGAAGAAGUUUCGGGAAAUUGUCAAUACCGUCAUUGAAGACACAAGGAGUUAUAAAGACCACAAUCUUCUGUUCCGUCUCCACAACCUAAUUGAACCGCUCAAUACAACAGACGAAGUCUUACUGAGCAAAUGGGAGACUCUUUUCGAAGAUUACGGAGAGUAUUUCAGGGCUUUUGAUUCAGAGAUGCCAGAGAAGCAGCGCAGGGAGAACUACAACCCGAAGUCUUUGGAAAAGAUUGAGGUCAACUUCAACCAGCUUCAAGAGGAGUUCAAAGACAAAAUCGACAAGAGACGCCUCAGAAUCUACCAUCUCGACAGGCUCAUCAAACGCAGUUGGGUAAGACGUUACGACUUUGACAUUGUCAAGGCCGAAAGAAUCGCCCAAUAUCUCAAAACACGGGCGACCUUAUACCGAAAGCAGAAAUUGGACCAUGAGCUACUCGAAAAAUUCGCACAACUUCACAGCUCUCUCAAAGCUAUCCAGGCAGCUGUGGUGUAG